UUAUCUUUUUUACAGAUAACAAAGUAUGUUAACAGAAAUCAAUUGAUAAAAACCUGGCAUAAAAUAAAUUAAAUAAACGUUUACGUUACAAAGAACUAUAUUGACUGUAAACCGAAAGAACAGCGAUUCCACGACAACUGAAACAGAGGACAAACAAUGCUUGGAUUGUAUCAGGCGGAGAAAUGGAUCGUCUUGAUGAUGUUAUUUAACUCCGUGGCGUGUCAAGUCCCGAAGCAUUAUUUCGUUCGGCAACCAUUCAAUACGACUGUGACUAUCGGAGGAAGAGCUUCUUUGAGAUGUGCGAUCGCUAACCUACAUACCGAGGUACAAUGGAGUGUCGAUGGUUUCGGGCUCGGAAGAUGGUUUUCUGAUCCACGACUUUCCUUGACUGGCAGCGAAAGUAAAGGUGAAUACAAUCUACAAAUUGUUAACGUUAAACUAGAAGAUGAUGGUAUGUAUAGAUGCCAAGCUACCGGAAGCGAAGAUGAGGGACUCGACAAUUUGAUUUCUCGUGCGGCUUACCUCAACGUCAUCGUUCCGCCCAAGAAAGUCCGAUUGGAACCCUCAGUAUCCGGAGUAAUCGAUGUUAAGUAUCCAAACAGUGUCAAAAUUACUUGCUCAGUUCCCGAAACCAAGCCUGCAUCUGUCAUCAAAUGGAGAGUCCAAGGCAAAGAAUACAGCGGCUCAAUAAGCAAGAAAGUCCUUACAAAAUGGGGUUCAAAACUGGUCACGACCUCAAGCAGUAUCACUCUCCAACCAAGCAAAGUUCAAAAUGGCUCGAUGGUGGAAUGUAUUGUCAGCCAUUUAGCUAUGAACUCGCCGAUCUCAAGCAUUUCCAAGUUGAAUGUUCUGUAUCCUCCCAGCGCGCCACGAAUUUCUGGAUUUGCCGGUCAGCCCAUGAGAAGCGGGGACCAACUAUCCCUAAAGUGCGAAGCAGCUGGUGGGAAUCCUUCUGCAAAAAUCACCUGGCUAAUUGAUGAUGAGGUCAUCCACGGAGAAUACACACCAACAAAAGAUGGUUCACAGAGCUUGUUACGGCACAAACUUCGUCCAGACGACGAUGGAAAGAUACUAACAUGUCGUGGAGAAAGUCCAGCCCUUGAUUCACCUUUAACCGAUCAAUUGAAAUUGGAAGUGCAAUAUCCUCCUGAAAACAUUGUUAUAGAACGUGACCCGGAAGAUGGCGCACCCGAGAAUGGAAUUAUAACACUCACGUGUCAUUAUGCACGUAGCAAUCCACGCGCAAGCCUAGCAUGGUUCAUUGAUGGUAUCGAACUACCCUUGCAUUGGAGUGAUGGUGUAGUAUCUGUGCCGUAUAUGAUUCGAAAUCUAGGUGCUGACCCAUCCGCUGCACGUAUCAGCUUGACUCUUACUUCAGUACGCCGCCAAGAUGCAAACGCUAAAAUUACGUGUCGAGCAACAAUUCCAGAAAUCGAUUACGUUGGCGAGGCUUCCACAUAUCCCAAGGUCAACUAUCCUCCAAGAAAACUGGCUUUGACGACAUUUUCUCUCAGCGCGCCUGUGACAAUUACACCUACACCAAGUACUGUCAAUAUUCCUGAUUCGAAGGCUAGCGAGAAUUCUUCGGGCAAAGAAGUAUCAUAUAAAGUGGGUGAUGUCGUUUUGCUGCGAUGCGAGACCAGGGGAGGAAAUCCACCGCCAAAUUUGAAUUGGCAUCGAGAUGACACUUCGAUCAUUGGUGACGAAAAUACCGCUAUUUCCGCUCCGGAGGUAAAAGUAUACACUGGGAAAAGCGCGGAUGGUGCGACAACCGGAGAAUUCAUCACAAUUUCAACCCUUGAACUGACUUUGGAGGCGUCUCACAAUGAUGCAGUCAUAUCGUGCGCAGCAAACCAUCCCGGCUACCAGGAUACGCUAGUGGAUAAAAAGAAGCUUUCGGUUGCGUUUCCCCCAUCUUCACUAAUAAUUGAGCAAUUUCCUUCUACAUCACUCGUUGUUGGAAAUCCAAUGAGUUUGACAUGCACAACCUCGUCCAGUAAUCCGCCAGCAAAAAUCACAUGGUAUCGAAACAAUGUGGAAUUUUCAAAACAAUAUGUUAUAGAACUGCCCUUAACAGUUGGUGAAUUGGGAGGAUACGUCGCGUCCAGUCGGUUGAGAAUCACAAAUCCCAAAGUUGAAGACGAUGGUGCUGAUAUUGCAUGCAAGGCAGAGGUUCACGUUCUCCAGCAAAGCAUAACAAAACCACACAAGUUAAACAUAGAAUAUCCACCAGUAUUUUAUCCUAUCGGUAACAACGCAAUGUCUAUCAACGCAACUUAUGGAGAUAACUUUGUUGAUAUCGAAACAAUUGCCCAUUCGAAUCCAUCAGGAAUGACGUAUUCUUACUUCCGUAUCUUAUCCAAUAACAUCGGAAGCGACGGCGGUGAGCAAAUAACAAAGAAACCAUUGACGAAGGACACGCGUUUAGUUUGGAAUGAGAAUAGUGGUCGUUUACGCAUAAACAGCGUGAUGGAAGAUGAUGGAGGCCUUUACAUGAUUCGUGCUACCAAUGCUAGAGGAUCAACAGAGUUGAAUAUCACUCUUAAUGUUUUCUAUCCCGCAAGAAUCACUAGCAUUAGCGGACCAACUACAACAUUACAGGAAGGAGAUUCCACCGAAUUACGAUGUGAUUUUAAAUCCCAUCCACUCACACCAGCUCACGUUACUUGGGUUAAAGAGAUUCCUGGAAACGGAAGGGAUAGCUAUGAUGUGGAAAAUUUUCAAACGCACAGCAUCUUAUCGCUCGCCAACAUAACUGCUGAUGAUCGUGGAGGUUACAGAUGUGUUGUGGACAAUGGAAUAGGAGAACCAGCGACAGAUCAUAUCAAAAUUGACAUGCUAUAUUCUCCUGCCUUCUUCGAUGUAAGUCCAAGUAAAGUUGCAGUGUCAUCCGUGGACAGCUCAGGUGCUCUCUCCCCAGCAGCGGUUCUUCCUUGUAUCGUACAUUCUACGCCGGCUUCAACCAUUACUUGGAUGAAGGGAGAAUUGCCAAUCGUUGUUUUUGAUAAUAGCGGAUUUUCAGUUAUAAAUGAAGUUAUCGAUUUCGAAACCUCCAAAAGUACUUUGAGAGUCGCCAAUGUUCAGCCAAAUGAUGCAAACAUUAACGACUCUAGUAUCGUGGCACAAUUCCGCUGUGUAGCAAAAAAUAAACAAGGAAAGCGAACAAAAUUAAUCAACAUUGUGCUUCAAGGACCACCCGAUGCUCCAUCAAAUCUUCAUAGUUUCAACACGUCGCAUUUUUCCGUUUAUUUAAUCUGGAAACCCGGCUUCGAUGGCGGUGUACAGCAAAAAUUUGUUGUACAAUACAAGGAAAUCCAACAUGGUAAACCCGAUGCACGAUACCAGAAACUUGUUGCUGAAACCAAUGAAGUCCUUGUGGAAGGUCUCAAAGCCAACAAGAGAUAUACUUUCCAAGUAUUCGCCAAAAACAGUUACGGAGAAAGUGAUCCAUGUCAGAGUAUCGUUCUGCAAACAGCAAUCUCGUCUAACCGCGAGUCGAGAGAUGUUUGGGCCGUCUUUGGAGUCGCCAAAGGAUAUGUUAUUACACUUGCUGUGGUCAGCCUUCUCAUAUUUAUCUUCGUGAUAGGGAUCAGUGUAAUAGCAUUCAGACGAUGCAGAAUUGCAAAGCAGAGUUACAAGCCUAAAACUAUUGAAACAGACUGCGAAAGCCUCACACACGCAGAGUCAAGUUUGUCAUCUCGCGGUUCGACGAGUAAACGAAGACAAGAAAAAGUUGACACUGAUUGCAAAGAAGAUCAACACAUGCUAACCAGAAACGUAGAAGGUGAAUCUGGAUUUGACUAUCAAUUUGACAGUGAAGACCCCGCGACAAAAAUAAUCUCUUCUGAUUCAAGGGAAGCCAGACAGCCGUGCUACUUAGAUUGCUCGGUAUCAAGGUGUGACAGUCAGAGUUCUAUUGACCAGCCAGAUUCCAGAUAUGGCCAUGCCUCGAAAUUCUCGUUUCCUACGUUCAAAGACGACGUCAAUGCUGUGACAUCACAAGCGUCACUAUCUCGCUUCGGAUUUGCGAGUCAAAGUGCUCGAAUGCAGAGGCCCAUCACAGAGGAGCCGCAUAUGCCUCGUAAUUUCACGCAGCCUCGCUUUCGAAGAGAUGUUUUGCCUAGCGAUGAAUGCCUCACAAACAACCGCAGAAAGUCAUUCGACAAAUCUCUGGAUCUUCCACUUCCUCCAGUUUUACCACUUUACGAAGGACAUAGUUACUCAAAAAGGCCGAGUGGAGGCAACAGUUGUGAUGCACUAAGCUCCCUGUCGUACUCUGGAACUAACGUCGCAAAAAACACACAAGGUUUGGGAUACCGAAGCAGCUUACGACAAUACCGCACUCUCGAUUCGUCGCGAUAUAGUUUUGAUCCUUACUGCGAAGAUUGUUGCAGUGCCAUUCCGGAAUGUAGAACAUCAUUCGUAAAUUCCAAACCUAUUCUGCAAAACCAAUCCAUAUACAAUGUCAAUUCAGCCGAAACCUGCCUUUAUAACGUCGUGUCGAGGCCAUCAGAUCCCUGUGGAUAUGCAACAUCUUUGAUGUCCAUGUCAGAUAAUCCUAUAGAAGAAUAUGCCGUAGACGUGGACAGGGAUCAUUCUGCAUAUGGUGGCACCAGAAAUUCUCAAAGUUCUUCGACUUCAAGCAACAGUGGAUUGUAUGUCAGAAGUUUGGACAAUAUGAGCAAUGCAACUAACAUUCCCAAGCAGAGGACAAGCAUCGUAAAUGACGACGGGACCAUCAAUACUUUCGGGCUCGAUCUUCCACUUCCCGAAUCGCGAACAAAUGCGCUUGGUGUAAUCGAAGAAACCAGAUCUCAGCAUAAUUCAUCAAAUUUCACUGGCACAGGGGAAAAUGAAACAUGCAAAAUGUCGUCGCCCUCAGCUACUAAUGAAAGGUUUACUAAGGAUAGAAAAAGCUCUAUGAGAUCAAACACAUCUACAAUUCCGUCAAGACAACAAAAAAGGGACACGAAUCAGACCGUACGAUUUCGCGACGAACUAUCUUUAGCUCUAAACGUUUCGAGAACAAACGCAUCUCAAAACUUGGAACAUAAUCAUUCUGAUGACGAUGAUACAGACAGUGGAUGUGGUGGAAGUGCUGACGUUGCCGUUCAUUCCGAUAGAUCGCCGACAUAUCCAACACCAGAAAAAUUUUCCACGUCUUCGGCAUUCACACCUGUAGGCGAAGGCGGGGAAACAGUACUUCGAAUCUAGCUUUUAGUAAACCGCAGCAAAAGUUACAAUAACCAAGUUUAAAUCUGAAUAUAUUCCCCAGCAGCUUUAUCUGAUAGACUGGUAUUACCUCCGAUAACAUCAAAUUGCUUGCGAAAAAUGGUCGUUUGCUUUUGUACAUAACUGCAUAUCUUUUGUUUAUUCUUUUUUUUUUAAUUUAAGAAAUAUGCCACAGUUCCAUAGGCCAAAGUGGCGUAUUUUUGCUUAGUGCUUUUUGUUAUAUAUUGUCACCAUAUCAUAGAAAUAUUUUUCGUCUUAAGGUGAUUGCAUUAUUCAUGGCAAUGCUUGCUUUCCUAUUCGCAAUUUGCAUUGUCGCGGUAAAUCUGUUCUUUCGCUUGCCUUCAUUCUAAGCGAUGACCGUUUUGACAAAAUUAGAAAAUUGCUGCAUUUGUUGGAUUAGUCGGCGCAUUGAUUUGAUCGUUUUUUUUUCACUGACGCAAUUUUCUAAAAUUAUUAUUAUUCGCUUUCUUUUUUUCAUAUUUUGUGUGCGAACAAACAAUUUUCCACUGAUCUGAAAAAUACACCAAAAUAUUAUGCACCA